GCCGAUCACCGCAUACGAGAAACCACUUGAAUUGGAAUUUCGCGCGUAAGCAAAUUUAAUUAUAAAUACGAGCCGGAUGGACGGCAGCAUGGGACCAAUCAGACUAUAGAGCUAGCCGUACACACACCUAGAGUUAGCCAGCUACACACUACAAAGUUAGAGAAGAUCGCACAGAAGAGCGAAGCAGCACCAUGGACUACAGCAGGCUGAAUGCCAACAUCAACACGGGCAACAUCAGCACCGACGACUUUCUGGCCGUGUUCACGACCAGCUCCACAGCCGCCACUGGCGGGCCGCCCAAUGGCACGCGAUACCCGGAGAGUGCCACCCUCAAUCCCCCGCUCCUAACCGUCGACGGCCAGCUGACGGUGCCGGGCCUUCUCGACCAGUCCCCAACGGGGUCGGGAGCAGGCUAUAUCAAUGUGAACGACACGAUAUAUCUGCUGAAUGGGAGUUUCUACAAUAGCACCCUACAGCUGGCGGGGAGCUACUACAACCAGAGCGGCGGAGCGGGAAACCUGAGUGGGGGAUAUGGACUCAUGGGUAACGGCAGCAAUAUCACGGAAGUGCACUGGGACGGACGCUAUCCGAGCGGGUACACGCUCACCCACAUAGUGAUUGCCUCGAUCAUUGUGACCAUCCUGAUGAUCAUCAUCGUGGUGGGCAACAUGCUGGUAAUCAUCGCCAUUGCGACGGAGAAGUCGCUGAAGAACAUCCAGAACUGGUUCAUCGCCUCGCUGGCCGUGGCCGACUUCUUUCUGGGCCUCAUCAUAAUGCCCUUCUCGCUGGCAAACGAGCUGAUGGGCUACUGGAUCUUCGGAAGCUGGUGGUGCGACAUUCACUCGGCCAUGGACGUCCUGCUCUGCACCGCCUCGAUCAUGAACCUCUGCCUCAUCUCGCUGGAUCGCUACUGGAGCAUCACCAAGGCCGUCGACUAUCUGAAGUCGCGGACGCCGGCCCGUGCCGCUGUCAUGAUUACGGCGGUGUGGAUUAUGUCGGCACUCAUCUGCAUCCCCCCGCUGCUGGGGUGGAAGGUAAAGAUGCCCGAGGGACCGCUGCCCAAGUGCGAGUUGAGCGAGGACAUCGGCUAUGUGCUGUACUCGGCCCUGGGCUCCUUCUAUAUCCCCAGCUGCAUCAUGGUCUUUGUGUACAUACGAAUUUACUUUGCCGCCAAGGCGCGGGCGCGGCGAGGCAUCAAAAAGCAUCCGCGCAAAACAAACAACGAACAGGUAACGAGCUUCACCACCGCCAACAAGAAAGGAACAAUACCGAUGCCAUCCUCCAGCGCCGCCUCCGCGCUGCAGCUGCACCAGCAGCGACAGAUAGCCACCAUUGAGACACCACCGAACAGUGCCACGCUACCGAUGCAAAUACCAACGGUAACCAUGGAUCUGGCCUCGGACAUAUCCACCUCCGAGGCGGGGGAGCUGGAGGCUGUUGCAGCACAGACAGUGCUCGCCUACUCGGCCAAUCCCAAUUGUGGCGCGAAUGCGAAUGCGGUCACCGUGUCAGCUGGCCAGCUAUGCUCCCCCAGCUCGCCGAAGGAGACGCUUCAGGUCAGCACCAUAGCCACGGGCCGCGUUGGCCUCAAUGUGCCCGUGCCCCCGUCCAUGGGCAGCAACAACUCCAUCAAUGCCCUCAACAACAACAAUGGAAGUGUGGAGGCUGCCAACAACGCGGGUGGCGGCGUGGGCGGGGCCAGUGGAGCCGCAUUGGGGACCACAGUGACGUCCAGCAACGAGCUGAGAGUGUCGCCGAUCGGCGGACGCUGUCGGGCGCUAUCCGUGGGCGUUGACACGGACAUGGUGAGUGAAUUCGAUCCUUCCAGCUCGGACUCGGGCGUGGUCAGUCGCUGUGCCGUGGUCAAGCCGCUCAAGUUUCGCCUUUGCCAGCCGAUCUUUGGACGCAAAUCGAACCAGCAGCGGCGCAACGAAUCGAAGGCAGCUGCCGCCGCGGCGUCAGCCAAAAGUCCCACCCCUUCUGCCGCGGCGGUAGCCAAAAACCAGCAGCAGCAGCAGGUGGUCAAGGCCGAGCUUGAGCCAGCCAUUCCCAAGACGCCGAAGCCGCGGGAUCCCGAAAAGGAGAAGCGACGGAUCGCCCGCAAGAAGGAGAAGCGGGCCACACUCAUCCUGGGCCUGAUCAUGGGCAGCUUCAUUGCCUGUUGGCUGCCCUUCUUCUUCUUGUACAUCCUGGUGCCGGCCUGUAGUAGCCACUGCAACAUCCCCGAGUCAGCGUUCGCCAUCGCUUUCUGGCUGGGCUACAUGAACUCGGCCCUCAAUCCGGCCAUUUACACCAUCUUCAACAAGGACUUCCGGCGCGCCUUCAGGCGCAUCCUGUUCAAGUGAUG